GGAAAGGUGAGGAGUGAAGAAAAAAAUGAGUGGAUACAUGAAAGAAAUGAUAUGUGAUGGAGUGGAGGAAGAAGGUGAAAUUGAAUUGGAAGAAGAAGAAGAGGUGGUGCUUCCCGGAUUCCGAUUUCACCCAACCGACGAGGAGCUAGUGAGCUUCUAUCUUCGGCGAAAGGCCGAGAGAAGGCCAAUCUCAAUGGAGAUUAUAAAGGAGAGAGACAUUUACAAGUACGACCCAUGGGAGCUCACAAGGGCGGGCAUUCUGGGAGAGAAGGAAUGGUACUUCUUCUGCUUGAGGGAGAGAAAGUAUAGAAACAGUAUAAGACCAAAUAGAGUCACAGGCUCUGGCUUCUGGAAGGCGACUGGUAUUGACCGGCCAAUAUACUCUUCUGACAACUCCGGCCACCUGAUUGGGCUGAAGAAGUCCUUGGUCUAUUACCAAGGAAGCGCUGGAAAAGGAACUAAAACAGAUUGGAUGAUGCACGAAUAUCGCCUCCCCUCGAACCCCAAUUGCAUCCAAGCUGCAGAGAUAUGGACUAUUUGCAGAAUCAUAAAGAGAAAUGGAUCAUUGAAGAAAUACAAACAGCAACUGAGCUGGAAGGAGGCAAAUGAAAGCUUGGAUUCGAGCUCGAAGAGUAAUAGUUUUGAGUCUAAUAGUGGAGAGGAAAAGAAGAACUUGGGUGGCUGUUACUUCCAGCUUGAUGGGAGUUAUGGUGGGAGUAGAAUGGAAGAGAAUAAUCUGAAUGAGAUUUUCGAAGAAGGGAAUUGGGGUGAGAUUGAUAGAAUGGUUGAUUACAUGGUGGAGGCAGCGACUCAAUACGACUUUGUAUAUUAUUGAAUAGAAUUAGCUUAGGUUGUGUUACAUUUCUUUCCUUGUAUUUUUUUAUAUGUAAUUUUAAGUAGAGUAAGAGUGUAAAAUGAGAACAUCAGCCCUUGUGCUGGAGUAAUUAUUGCGUCCGGACAUCGAAUGUGUCUAGAGACCAAUAAAAAAGCUCUACAUCACUGGGCGCUUGGUACCGCCCUCGGUACCGUGCUCGGUACCGACCGGGGUACCACUCGGUACCCUCGAUACGCUGUCCGUACAGAAUAAUUUUUCCUUGUUGUGCUGGUCUAUGAUGUUGUAUCAUAGUUAAGUACAUUAAUGAAAGCUUGAUGUUAUAUUAUAGUCGUUAAAAGUGUUUAAAU